GCAGGAAGUGAUGGUGUACAAAAGUGCAUUUUCUAUCUGGUAAAAGCCAGCAGUAUGUGGCUGUAUGUGUAGUUUAGCUGGUGCUACAGUAGUUUAAUGUGAGAAUUAAAGCUUAAUGUUGACUAGAAAGUGCAGAAGUAGUUUGAUAGAAAGUAAAGGGGAGGGUCUUUGGUGCAGCACCUGGGUGCGGGUUCAGUGCACAGAGCGUCAAUCACACUCAGUAAAGCCUGUGCUGUGUGAUCUGGAAGGAGCUGUAGAUGGCGGAUGCGCCCUGAGAAGGGAAACCCGUUCGGCUCCUCCACGCCACUUCUCCCACAACUUUCAUUAACUUCAGCGCUCGCUUUCCGACUCCUAUUUAAACCUCUUCGAGCAGGGAGUCCCGUACAGGAAUUUUACGAAGGUUUGCGCGGUGUUUUGCGGUUCGGUUUGCGCGAGUAGGAGAAAUACUGAGCUUUAGCGGAGUCGUUGUUUUCUGAGCCUCGCGCUGGCAGCCAUGGCGGUCCACCAUUUUUAGUGCGCUGUGUGCGCCGCUUCACUCACUCCGAGCUCCAUUCAUAAGGCCAGUCUGCUUUCUCUUACAUUGCUUUAUCUUUUCUAAUAACGCGUUGUGUAGUUUUAGGAUAUUAAUAUAUUUACAGUCGUGAGGGGUUUUUUCCGGCUUUUUGUUGCCGGAGUCGGAAAAAAAUCGACGUUUUUAUUCCGGCUGUGAAUGUUCCAGCUCCUGCAUGUAUUUCAGCCGGUUCAUUGAAUAGUUGUUUUUCUGUUGUAUAUUCCGGGUAAAUCUUUUAUAUUUUGAUUUCUUUAAGGAUCUUUUCAAUCGUCCUUUGUCUUGAUGACGCAGUAAGAAUUUAUGCAUGUGGAUCUAUUGCAUUGGAAGUCUGGACUCGUUUGUUGCUUGACAUCGACCUGCUAUCAUUUAAUUCCCUUAUGUUUAGCCCUAAUAUUUUUUAAUUAAACUCAUUUUCUUCCCGAAAACGUCUAAAUCGAAGCUGCUUUUUGAUCGUUCGUCACAACUCCAGGACUUUUCAGUCCUUUUAAGCAAAAGAUCCGACCUGCAUCAUGGUAUUACCCCCCAACUUUUGACAGUUUAAUACCUGGAUUAAAGAUCAUCGAUAAAGCAAGAUCAUCGAUACAAUCAUGUUGAAGAAUAAAGACAAAAAAGACGGAGACGAUGCUUCGGGCCAUAGCAAUGCUUCAAGCAACUCUGCCUCGGAGGAGUCAAACCACUUGGGCUCGGAGUCAGGAAGCCAGUCGGGGUGUGAGCACGUCGGCGAACGAGCUCCAUCCCACCAUUCAGAGUCUAACAGCUCAUCCGAGUCAGAGAGCCACUCAGAAUCAGGCAGCGAUUCAUCUGGCUCCAAGUCCCAACAUCCCAACGAAGAGAUCGAAGCAAAACGGGUCAAGAAAAAAGACAUUGCUGAUGUAAAGAAGAUGUGGGAGGAACAUCCAGAUGUUUAUGGUGUUAGAAGGUCCAAUAGGAGCAGACAGGAGCCAGCUCGUCUGAACAUUGGGGCAGAGGGCAGCAGUGGGUCUGAGAGUGAAAGUCCUAAAAGAAGAGUGUCACGGAAGAAGAAAAAAGAAAAUACCUGGAAUGAUGAUGAUGACUCGGUCGACGAGGAUGAUGAGGAAAAUGGAAGCAGUUCAGACAGUGAGCCGCAAGGAAAAAAAGUUAGAUCCAGACGACUUCCUGCUAGAAGGCCACAGACCAAAUCAUCCAAAAGUAAGCAGGCUCAAAAAGGGCGGAAAGGCAGAAAGCAGGAGUCAUCGGACGAGGAUGAGGAUGAAGACGACGACGACGAUGAUGAGGAUACUCCAAAGAGACAAACUCGACGAAGAACAGCAACUAAAGUCAGCUAUAAAGAAGACCAGCAUGAUUUUGAGACUGAUUCUGAUGACCUUAUUGAGAUGGCUGAAGGAGCAGAAGAAGUGCAGGAUGAUGACAGUGAGACCAUCGAAAAGGUCAUGGACACUAGGACUGGCCGGAAAGGAGCUACUGGAGCUACCACCACACUGUAUGCUGUGGAAGAAAACGGAGACCCUGGAGCAGAUUUUGACCCAGAGAAGGAUGAAGGUGAGACGCUGUUCUUGAUCAAAUGGAAGGGCUGGUCCUAUAUCCACAACACAUGGGAAAGUCUGGACUCACUCACUCAGCAGAAGGUCAAGGGCAUGAAGAAGCUGGAGAACUUUAAAAAGAAGAAUGAUGAGCUCAAUGCUUGGUUGAGAAAAGCAUCACCUGAAGAUUUAGAGUUUUACAACUGUCAACAGGAAUUAACCAUUGAUCUGAACAAGCAGUUCCAUAUCGUGGAGAGAGUUAUCGCUGUAAAAACAGGAAAGUUACAAGAACCUUCUGAUUUUCCAUCUCAUAAGACUUCAUCCAAUGAGCCAGAGUACUUGUGUAAGUGGAUGGGAUUGCCCUAUGCAGAGUGCACUUGGGAAGAUGGUGCAUUAUUGGGGAAAAAGUUUCAGUCAUGCAUAGAUAGCUUUAACAACAGAAACAACUCAAAGACCAUGCCCUCAAAAGACUGUAAGGUGUUAAAACAGAGGCCCAGAUUUGUGCCACUGAAGAAGCAGCCCUCUUUCAUCGGUGAUGAGAACUUGCAGCUGAGGGAUUACCAGUUAGCUGGGGUGAACUGGCUGGCACACUCGUGGUGCAGGUGCAACAGUGUGAUCUUGGCUGAUGAGAUGGGCCUGGGAAAAACCAUCCAGACCAUUUCAUUCCUUUCCUACCUGUUUCAUCAGCACCAGCUCUAUGGACCCUUUCUCCUGGUCGUGCCCCUCUCCACUCUUACCUCCUGGCAGCGCGAGUGGGCCACCUGGGCUCCUGACAUGAACGUUGUGGUCUACCUGGGGGACGUCAUGAGCAGAAAGACGAUCCGAGAUUACGAGUGGAUUCAUCAGCAAACUAAACGGAUAAAGUUCACCACACUUUUAACCACGUAUGAGAUUCUGCUGAAAGAUAAGGGUGUUUUGGGGAACAUAAACUGGGCCUUUCUUGGGGUAGAUGAGGCCCACCGACUGAAGAAUGAUGACUCGCUGCUAUAUAAAACACUGAUUGAUUUCAGAUCCAACCACAGGCUGCUUAUUACAGGAACUCCACUGCAGAACUCACUCAAAGAGCUGUGGUCCCUCCUGCACUUUCUCAUGCCUGACAAAUUUGAGUUGUGGGAGGAUUUCGAGGACAAGCAUGGGAUGGGCAGGGACAAUGGCUACCAGAGCUUGCACAAAGUGCUCGAGCCCUUCCUGCUUCGUCGUGUGAAAAAGGAUGUAGAGAAAUCACUGCCUGCCAAAGUGGAGCAGAUCCUCCGUGUAGACAUGUCGGCACAGCAAAAACAGUAUUACAAGUGGAUUCUGACAAGGAAUUACAAAGCCCUCUCCAAAGGCACCAGGGGCAGCUCAUCGGGCUUCCUCAACAUUGUCAUGGAACUGAAAAAGUGUUGCAACCACUCAUUCCUUAUCAAACAGUCUGAGGACGCAGAGCAUGAGAAUUCUCAGGAUCACUUGCAGGCGUUAGUUCGUGGCAGUGGGAAGCUUGUGCUUCUGAAUAAACUGCUCACAAGGCUAAGGGAACGAGGCAAUCGUGUACUUAUCUUCUCUCAGAUGGUCCGUAUGCUUGACAUUUUGGCUGAUUACCUGACCAAGAGGCGCUACCCCUUUCAGCGGUUGGACGGUUCCAUUAAAGGAGAAAUAAGAAAACAAGCACUUGACCACUUUAAUGCUGAGGGCUCUGAGGAUUUCUGUUUCCUCCUGUCCACCCGUGCUGGAGGUCUAGGCAUUAACUUGGCCUCUGCAGACACCGUGGUUAUCUUCGACUCUGACUGGAACCCUCAAAACGACCUGCAGGCCCAAGCUCGAGCCCACAGAAUAGGCCAGAAGAAACAAGUCAACAUUUAUCGUCUAGUCACGAAAGGUACGGUAGAGGAAGACAUUAUUGAAAGGGCCAAGAAGAAGAUGGUGCUAGACCAUCUAGUCAUUCAGAGAAUGGACACCACUGGACGAACAGUAUUAGACAACAGCUCAGGCAAUUCAAAUACAAACCCCUUUAACAAAGAGGAGUUGGCCGCCAUAUUGAAGUUUGGUGCUGAAGAACUGUUUAAAGAACCUGAAGGGGAGGAGUUAGAGCCACAGGAGAUGGAUAUCGAAGAGAUCUUACGGCUGGCUGAAACAAGAGAAAGCGAUCAAGGCUCCAGUGCCACUGAUGAGCUUCUGUCCCAAUUUAAGGUGGCUAACUUCACCAUGGACGAGACACCCGAACUGGACGAGAAGCCAGUACGGGACUGGCAAGAGAUCAUCCCAGAGGACCAGCGGCGGCAGGUAGAGGAGGAAGAGAAACAGAAGGAGAUGGAGGACAUCUACAUGCUGCCAAGGAGCAGGAGCUCCAACAAAAGGGCACAAAUGAAUGACAGCGACAGUGAUGUCGGUUCCAAGCUCAAACUGAAGGGCCAUUCCUCUGGUUCAGAGAGUGAGACGGAUGACAGCGAUGACGACAAGAAGCCCAAGCGAAGAGGCCGGCCACGUGCACGCAAAAACAACGUGGAGGGCUUUACUGAUGCUGAGAUCCGCAGGUUCAUUAAAGCAUAUAAGAAAUUUGGAGCCCCUCUUGAAAGGCUUGAGGCCAUUGCACGCGACUCUGAACUGGUGGACAAAUCCAUAGCAGAUUUGAAGAGACUGGGAGAGCUGCUCCACACCACGUGUGUAACUGCAAUACAGGAGCAUGAAGAACAAAUGAAGGAAAACCCCACUGAAGCUAAAGGGCCUGGAAAAAGGCGUGGAGUUAACAUCAAGAUUUCUGGCGUUCAGGUUAAUGCGAAAUCCAUCAUUCAGCAUGAGGAAGAGUUUGAGCCCCUGCAUAAAGCUAUUUCUGUCAAUCCUGCCGAGAGGAGCAGGUUUCAACUGAGCUGUCGGGUGAAAGUGCCACAUUUUGACGUCGACUGGACUGUCCAGGAUGACGCACAGCUGCUCCUGGGCAUCUUUGAACAUGGCUAUGGCAACUGGGACCAGAUCAAAACAGAUCCAGAGCUAAAGCUUGCAGACAAGAUCCUUCCAGACGAACCUGACAAAAAGCCACAGGCAAAGCAGCUGCAGAUAAGAGCAGAUUAUUUACUGAAGAUGCUAAAGAAGGAACAGGAUACUGUCAAUACCUCCAAAACAGAAGAGGUGACCAUUGUAAAGAAGAGAAAACCACGUGCAAAGAAAGAAAAACCCCAGAAAGAUGAAAUCAUUAAUGAAAUCUCCUCUCCACGUCUGUCUGAACACACUUCAGAGGAAGGUGAAGUAAAGGACGACGGAGCCGAGAAAUCCCCCACGAAGAAAAAGCCCAAGAAGAAGGACAACAAAGAGAACAAAGAGAAGCAGGGAGCUCAGAAGAAAAACAAGGUGGGAGACAAGGACAAAAAGCGGCCCAAGAUCAAGAAAGAAAAGGUUAAAUCAGCAGCUAAAGGCAAGAAAGCUCAGGGUCCUGUCCACAUUACAGCGGGCAGCGAGCCUGUUCCUAUUGGAGAGGAGGAUGAUGAGCUGGACCAGGAGACAUUUAGUAUUUGUAAGGAGAGAAUGCGGCCAGUGAAGAAGGCUCUGAAGCAGCUGGAUAAGCCUGACGAAUGCCUGUCAGUUCAGGAGCAGCUGCAGCACACACGCACCUGCCUGCUGAAGAUUGGAGAUCGUAUCACAGAGUGCCUUAAAUACUACAGCGACCCGGAACACGUCAAGACCUGGCGCAGAAAUCUUUGGAUCUUUGUGUCAAAAUUCACCGAGUUUGGAGCCAAGAAACUGCACAAGCUGUAUAAAAUGGCUCAGAAGAAACGCUCCCAGGAGGAAGAGAAGGAGCCAAAAAAGAAAGAUGACUCAGCUAAGAAGAAGCCGUUCCGUCCUGAACCAUCUGGAUCAAGUCGGGACUCCACUGGCACACAGGCUUCAACCAAAGCUCACCUGUCAGGACCCUCGUCCCACUCACACCACCGUGAAUCCUACAACCAGAACAAGAGACACUUUCCAAACGAUGCUCGAGGAGACUGGCAGCGGGACCGUAAAUAUAACUACCCAGGAAACAGUAACCAGCCAUGGCAAGGUGAUCGGCAUCAUCCGUAUGACAGAUACAAGGAUCAUCACUACGGUGAUCGGCGCCCACACUCAGACUCAUACCGAAGUGGGGGAGGAUUUAGAAACCCGAGCUCACCUCGAAAACGGCCGUAUGAUCAGUACAACAAUGACCGAGAGCACCGUGGCCAUCGUGACUAUUACAACAGACAUCCUGACCCAAAGAGGCGUCGUUCGGAUGAGUAUCGCUCUCCAAACUACCAUCAGGGAGCAGGUGGUGGCGGAGGCUACAGCCAAGACUUCAGGAGGAUGCCGGAUCACCGGGGCAACCAGGGACCCGAUCAUUACCGCCCGUUCCACCCGGACAAACCCCCUCCUAUGCUGGACCCGCGUUCUCCUCAGGCCCCAUUCGAGUCGGUCUCGCCGAUGGAAAGAACUGCUGAGCCCAAACCCAGCCCAGAUGUUAACUGGAACAAUAGGAAGACGUGAAAUGUGGCAGAGAGAUACUGUCUAACCAGCACUACUUGAGAGAACUGCCAGCCUUCUCCUACAUUUCGGAACCGUAGAUCCAGCAUGUGGAGCUCUAGCCUGUCUGAGCCCUGUGUGGCCUCUCUGGGUUGAAGUAAGCAGACGAACAAAGCCCUAUUGGUCCUGUGGACUAGUACAUGUACAAACUGUAAUAAAGCCUUUGAAGUAUGAGCGGAUUUGGAAGCUUGGAAGUGCCUCGCACCUUUACCCAUCCUGCAGUCAGUAGUUAAAAGGAGUUGUUUCUGAUGCUAAUGCUACUUUGACGUUUAUUUUAUUUCAUUUUUUUGGUUGCUUUGUGCAGAAUCAAAGAACGCGACUUAGUCUUUGAGGAGCAAAGGAUCUUCAGCCGCACCUUCACAUGUUAAUUAUUAAUGUUGUUGUUUUGAUCAAGUAUCAAAUUAAUCUUGAUAAAUAGAUAGUUGUCCGUGGGUGUAAUGAUACACAGAUCAAUAUAGGAUUUUUUCGAUUUGAUACAGGGUAGCGAUGCCUGCAAUAAAUAGCGUGCAGUUAGGCGGGUUCUGUGAUUUCCCCAAUGGAUGAAAAUAUUGCUAUUUUAAACCAAUGAGUGACUGUCAUUUAACUGAUAAUCUUAUAGCGUCACAUCAAAAUAUAAAACACAUCAUUACGUUUCAUAUCAGCAAGUUUUUAUGAUGACAUGAUGCAAAAUAUCCACAUCAUUUCUGAACACAAAACAGCCAACAGUGAUCUAGUGCAUGCACACCAAGGGAGGUUGAGAAUGAGCUCCAAAUCAGCUCGAUAGAGACUCUCACCCUUUACUGCUCCUGUGUGCAGAGAUCUGUACCGCUGCCUUUUUAACUGCUAGAAUUAUCUGAACUAUGACUUUGUUGUCAAUUAGCUGUUAAACUGUUGAUCAGCAAACAGAGUAAAUUCACAACCAAACCAUAAAACAGGCACAAUUUAGAGAUUUAUUUAAUAGUUAAUGUGUUUUCGUUGCUGCAAGUUUAUAGAGAAUUCUUGCAUUGCUUGUCUGACUUGGAACUUUAGUGUCCCAGUCCUCACAUUUCCACUUGUGUGUGCGUGAAAAAGCUGCUUUUCUUAUGCCAUUAUACAAUUCAAACCGGUUUUCAAUAAUAAUUGCUCAUAAAUUUGUAGUUGGCUGUCUUAGGGUGCAGUCUUGCUAAAAUCAUUAAUGUGCCACAUGUAAACAUACCGCCGCAGAUUAGCGCUGGAAGUUGUAGUGAAAUGUGCUGACAUUUCUGAUUGAAACAUAUUAAUAGGAAAAGAUUGGGCUGUACUGUUUAUACUGAUUUAUCGAUCGGUUAUUAGAGCUGUGCCAUCAGUACUCACGGAUUUGUGCCACUUAUGUCACAUCUGUGAUACAGAAAUGCUUUCUGAGUGAUGAAAAACUAUGGCAGAAGCAAGUGCAAUGUAAUUUAGAUAGGACUUCUGACAGACGUUAGAACUGGAGAGUGCGUGGGUGCACCUCAUCUGUUGAGCGAAUGUGCUUAACUAUAACUAUAUAUGGUGUUAACUGUGAUAUAAAAUAACUUUAUUCGUGUUUAGUAUUUCAGCUACAUUACCCACCUCUAGCACAGAGAUUAUUACAUUAUAGCAUAUUUAUAAUAACCCUAGUUCUCCUUUCAGUCGCUGGUGGUUACGUAGGCAUAGACAUUUACAGUUACCUGCUUGCUUUGGUACACAGUAUGGCACAAAUUCAACAUAAAAAUGCCCAAAAGUGUCUUCAGGGCAAAGUUAUGCUGCUUGGAAUGAUCAGAUUGAGUAGACAACACUAUCAGUGUUUCAUGUACAGUGUUAAUGAGUCUCACUGUGGCACUGCACAAGGGUGAGCAAACAGGUCAUCCAGAUGUGCAGAACACUCCACAACAGACAUGAGUGUGACCAGUGUGUGUUUAGAGUGCCAUUUGAGACGGUGUGUGUUAACGUCUUACUGUCUUUGGCAUGGAUGGUACCUGUGUCUGUAAGGGUGUGUUGAUUGUGCUUGCUGCAUAGACCUACUAGAAAUUGAGCGAUUCAUGCCAGGGCAGCAUGGUGGGGCACUGGGUAGUGUUGGUGCUGCUCAGUUUCAGGGUUCUCAGGCCCUGGGGUUAUUGUCUAUGUGGAGUUUGGUAUGGCAUCCACAGGGGUUUCCUUUUACCUUUACAAAAAUACCAGUAUGAAGAUAAGCUACCAUAAUUGACCCUAGGUGAGAUUUAGAAUGUAUGUGUGUGACCUUGCCAAAGCCUAUUCCCAUCGUCUGCCAGGUUUUUUCAGAGAAAGGUUCUGAGGUUUAAUUUAAAUGAUUAACUUCAGGUACUUUGAUUAGCUCAGUUUGCUUGGCUGGGCUGCAGAUUCGACUGAAGAAAUGCUGGCAUGUUUUAACUUCAUUGUGUUGACAAUGUAUUGCCCUGUUGUGUGUACUGCAUUGUGCAAUGUGUGUAUCAUUACACCCCUACAUGUGCAUUUAAUCUUAUGAAAUAAUGUAAGAAUUAAGAACUUGUUGGCAGUAUCACAUCACAGAUUGUGGACUGAGCCAGAUGUGCUUUUACCCCUCGCGGGAUUGUGACGGGGUCGUUGCUCGCCUUCAUCUUAGAACACUAGAAACUAAACUCAAAGCUAUAUUCUGUUUUAAAUGCAAUAUGUUACGUAAUUCACUCUCACUUUUAGCCAUCCUGUCAGUAUGUAAAUCCCGAUGGUUGGUACAGUCAGAUUUUUUACAUUGCACUAAAAGUAUAGUACUCUACGAACACACUAUGACUGCUGUCAUUCAGAUUUCACCCAGAAAUGGAAUUAUGUGUAUUUGAGCUGAAGCUUGUACGGAAAGCAUCAAGCUUUUGCUUCACCUGUUUUAGUGCCAAAACCACAGACUGUCUUGCUGGUAAAUACUUUGUGUUAUUCUUAUUCUUAUUCUUUUCCUUUACUUUUUCUGUUCCCUCCAUCUGUGCCUUAUUCUUGUGUCUAAUCUAACAUUAGGUUUUGGUUGGUAGAUAUGGCAGUAUCCCAAACUGAACGCCACCAUGAGAAUAGAAGCUUUUACUUCAUGCUCACUGAAGCAUGAUCCACAAAGGAUGGUGGAAUUUGGGAUUUGGACUGUUUUUAAAAAGGAUCUAUAGAUAGACGGUCACAGAUUGAUGGUUGGUGAAUUUUGCUUGUCGUAGACAUUUGAGGCUUCAGGAAGGGAUGGCGAGUUUUCUCAGAAGAACGAUGGUGUACGUUACGAAGAGUCCAGACUCGACCCUCCUAAAAACUUUAUUCUUCAAGACAAACCGAUAAAAGUAAUUUAUAUUUGUGAAAAAUGCCACUGUUAACAAGAACUACACUGUAUAUAUUGUUUAUACACCUGUAUGUAUUAAACUUUCCUACUUCAGCAGCAUUUGGCACCGUGUUUGAAUGUUUCAAUCAUUUGGUUCCUUUCAGUAUAACAGUCAUAUACGUUGGUCAAUCAGCUGUAACAUUAAACUCUUAUAAACAUUA